UAUAAACCCAUUUUCAAUUGCUUACCUUCCCUGUCCUUCAAACCGCAAUCUCCCAAAUCUCUCUGUCUCUCUCUCUCUCCAAAUCGAAGGAGAAAAACCUAAACGCUUCCGCGGAAUCGAAAAUUAGGGCUUUGGGCUGCAUUCGUUUCGAAGGUUUCCCUUUGUAGCGCGCUUCAUUGAUCAUGAAGCUUAAAGGAAAUAAAGUUCGGCUGCUGUGCAAGGAGGAACCAAAGAUGAACAUGCGGGUAGAGGAUGGUUGUCUGUCAGUUGCCAACAAAAGCCGAUUCCAGGAUUCUAAUGCUGUUUCCAGUAGAACGUCGGGGAUGAAAAGACUCUCACCUUAUUGCUCGUCUCAACUAAGAGUGAACGCUGGACAUAGUCACAAAAGUAAAGCAACAAUCAAAGAUAAUGUGUUCCUGAGAGCCCCAUUGGAAAAGGUAGAUGCUGUUGCCUACCCACGAGAAAUUCUGGGUGAAAGAAACAUGCAUGCUUCCUUUGGCAGUCAUCUAGAACCUAAUGAUUCCGAUACAGACGCAAGUUCUGUCGGUAGUUGCAGUGUUAUAGAUGAUUGUUUCAAUAGGUUGUCUAGUCGAACUUUGAGGGAUCCUAGUCAAGAUGCCGAUACUCUUUGUAGUAGUGCUGAAUCAUUCCAAGGACGUGAUGAUGAGGAAGAUGUGACUUUCUCCCUUCCUCAUGAGGAGGCUGUUGCAACUAGAGUUCAUAGUUUAGAGUUGCAUGCAUAUCGCAGCAUUCUGGUGGCAUUGUAUGCUUCUGGACCAAUGAGUUGGGAACAAGAAGCCUUAUUGACGAAUCUUCGCCUUUCUCUUAACAUAUCAAAUGAUGAACAUUUGAUAGAGCUAAGGAACUUAAUUUCUUCCAGAAGAAGUCUUCAUAUUAGCUGAUGGGUUGAAGUUAGAGGCUAUAAUUCCUUGCUUCGAAAACUUCAAACAUGAUGCUGCGUUUGGUCUCUCCUGGCAUAGACCAUGGGACAAUAUCUGCAUCCAUUCUUCUUCAAAAGAGAAGCAUCACAACACGCCCUGUAUUAUGCAGGGCAGAAGUUGGAGCCUUCUGGUCCUUGCUUCCAAAGGUCCAAAGAUGAUGCUAUGUUAGACUGCUUUUGGCAUGUACCGUAGGGCAAUAUCUGAAUGCAUUCUUUCUACAAAAAGUGUUACAUGGCAAAAUUAGCAAUUUUCUAAAUGAUAUAUUCUGAUGCAUUACUCUCCAUCACUUCAGUGAAGAGUGGAAACAAUCUGCAUUCCUGUUGAUUUUGGCAAUGAUGAGUAUCCUGAAGAAGAUUCCGAGAUCUGGAUCAGGUCAUUUGUAGAUCUCUUAAAUUAUGUAAUUUGCAAAUGCUGAACUACGUUCUCUUGAAUGAUGUAAUUGCAAAUUACAUCAUUUAUUGUUAUUAUUUAUGUGUAUGACUACUUUGGAUAAACUGCAAUUUCAUUGCAUGGUUGUGAAUGAUGGCAAUGGUAGCCAUCUCAAACAACCGGAUUGUUUAUAUCUUUCUGACAUGCUGGUUAAGGAUUUAAAAGAAUGACCCCAUUGCACUGGUUAUACAACUGGCUCUCUCUCUCUCUCUCUCUCUCUCUCUCUCUCUCUCAGAUUACAGUAAAAUGAAUUGAGAUUUUUUUUUUUUUUUGGUGAAAGAAUUGAGAAAAUUGAAAUUUACAGAACAGAGAAAAUUUAAGGGUUAUAGUGUUGAAGCAUUAAAAAACUCAUUGUGACUGUAAGAGAAAUUGCAUUGAUUGCACCUCACGUACCAACUAGAGUCUUGAUGAGAUUGUAGAUCCAUCCAACAUACAAAGCAACACCUGUUUAGUGAUCAUGUUUUUGUCAUGAUCACUAAACAUUAUGUAGGAACAACGUGGAAAUAUCCAUCUUAUUUUAAAUUGUGAGUCUUACAUUCUGUCCUUUCUUUGAAAGGAUUUUUUUUUUUUUUUUCGUUUUUGGUUGAUCAACUUCUAUGAAAUGCUCAUGCAUGACAAUCUCUUUCUUCCAUGGGACUUUUGGUUAUUACUUCUGCAGAUAUUAUGGCUAUUGACUAUUAAUUCGUCAUUUGAAUAGUACAAUGAUGUCAAGUCAUUGCUAAUUUUCUCUUUCCCAGAAUCACAUAUUUUAUUAUGGCAAUUGAAUGAAGUCAAGAGAUUGGAACUUGCUUUCCUCUUGAUACGUGAAUGUUAAUGUGAAUAGACCUGCCUCCACUUGUUUGCUGGUUGGCCUCCCUGGAUUUGGUGGAGAUUAUUUCACUAAUGAUUUUCUUUCUCCGAAAGGUUUUAGUUAAAAGGGCGGCCAAAUGUCCAAAAGAAAGAUAGGUUUUUUUCAAAAUUUCCUCAUUCCAUGCAGGUAAAUUUUUUGCACCUCGAAGAUGUGUGCUAAUAAUUGCUAGAACUUUUUUUUUGGAGGAUCGAUUUUUAAUAUGAAUGUUCUUUUGCAAUUUAUAUUUGAAAAGUUUCUUCGAGAAAAUUAAUGUCACAAAGUCUACUACAUUCAUUUUUCGUGCCAAUUCAAAGGUCACAGAAGCUGAAGUACUCAGAAUAUGUUUGAAAGAAAUAAAUGGUUACUCAUUCUAUGUAUGAAAUCAUUGUGUCGUGGAUAUUUAGGUUUCACGAUAGUGGCCUUAUUUUAAUUGUUUGUAGCAGUUUUAAAUUGUAUAGUCUGUGUCAAGUUUGUAUAACAUUUUUGUUGGAAAAUGUUUGAUCUUCGUUUCUUUUGUUUCAAUUCUUUUAGUAAAAAUUGAAAAUACCUGUUGUAUCUGGUCCAAAUUUUCUUGCAUUUGAUGAUUGAAUGUGUGCUCAAUUUUUUUUUUAAAUCAAAGUAGUGCUAGUGAAUAUUUUCAAUAUCAACUACUAGGUAGAUUUGAAGGAGUCAAUCCAUUACCCUUAAAUCUGUCUCAAUCAGCAUGUUCAUGUUUCAUCAAUUGUGAACUAAUUUCACAUCUGAGGGGGUUUGAGUAGUGAAGUUCGCCGAGGUAGCAUUGCAGAAGUUCUUUUACUUGGUUUCCUCUUUAAAAUUCAUGAGUUCUCUACCAUGACUACGUUUUUUAAUUAUUCUUCUUCUUUCAGUACCACCACCUGCUGGAGAAACCCUUAGCUUGUUGCUGUUUGUUGGUGGUAUAUUCCAAAGGAAAUAGCUUUUUUCUACAUUAAGGUUGACUUAUAUGUUGAAAUAGUUAUCAAAAUUUAUAUUCUGUACUGAGAAAAGAUAUGUGAGCUGAUAAUAGAAUGAUUUGAUUAAUAAACCUAUUCUUCUAGUGAACAAGAUAACCAUUUUUUCUGAAUACCCUGAGCCAGAAUGUCGUUCACUUGGUACUGAUAAUCUUAUAAGUCAGAAGUACAAUUUCAGGCUCUAGAGUAUAUGCAAUUAAUUGCAAAUGCAAAAUUUAGGAUUUGCAUAGGAGCACCAAGACUUACGGCUAUAGUCAGAACAUCCAGCCAAGAUUCCAUAUAACUUUUUUGUUUUCAAAUCUUAAUCAUUCAUUCUUGGCAUACUGUUUUCUUCUUGUUUUCAGCCUUUGGUGCAGGUUAAGUGAACAGUCAUUUUGGUAACUAGAGCAUAGAUUGUACCUUUCUCCACGCCAUUCAGGUAAGGUUUUCCUGGACCUGUAAAGCUUUAAUUGAUGGAGGUAUUGCAAUGUUCUAAGAGGUCAUCUAGGGUGCUAGCAGCAUUUUCCCGAAAUUAAUUGUCAGUGCUUGUGGUGAUGUAUUCUGAGUUACUACAUUCAUCCAAAAGUUUGUCUCGGUUGUCCAUAUUCUCUGUUUUGUGUGCCCAAGGGUGAUAAAGGGGCUUUAGACUGAAGGCAAAUUUUAGGGUUUUGUUAGCUGGUCUAACUUCACUGAUUAAGUAGAAACCAUUGAGGGAAACCCAAGCAGCUGUAGAAAUUAAGCUACUAGAACAUCAAUGAAGGAUUCUUCCAUAUAACUUUUGAGUAGUAUGAAUGCAAUUGCUGCCAGAUAAACAAUAGAAAAAAAAAAAAAAAAAAAAAAAA